AUGGUGAAGUUUCUGAAGCCAAACAAGGCGGUAGUGAUCCUCCAGGGCCGUUACGCCGGGAGGAAGGCCGUGAUUGUGCGUAACUUCGAUGAUGGCACGCGUGACCGUCCUUACGGACACUGCCUAGUGGCUGGAUUGGCCAAGUACCCGCGCAAGGUGAUCCGAAAAGACUCCGCGAAGAAGCAGGCCAAGAAGUCUCGCGUGAAGUGCUUCAUCAAGCUGGUGAAUUAUAAUCACAUUAUGCCCACGCGUUACACCCUCGAUGUGGACCUCAAGGAUUUGGUGACCCUCGAUUCCCUCCAGUCCAGGGAUAAGAAGGUCACGGCUGCCAAAGAGACCAAGGCCCGGUUUGAGGAACGGUUCAAGACUGGGAAAAAUCGGUGGUUCUUCACCAAGCUGAGGUUUUGA